UAUUUAAUAAAUUAAUUGUAUUUAACUGUAAUAAUAGUCAUAUAUUUUUGUUCUAGUACUCUAGGAACUCAUAACAAUACAAUCCUUAUCGAAUCUUUCGAGAAAAUCUGCCGAAUUUUUUCAAUAAUCACACAUUGUGGUAAUAAAAAGCGAGAUUUACAGCAUGGUGAUAUAUCAAUAUGAUGAAAUGCGUUUUCCAUACUCAUUUCCAAUUGAAUGGAAAUUGACUGAUCUUUUGAAUCGAAUGAUGCUUCUUACCGGAAGAAUGAGAGCUCUUAUCAAUAUAUCACAACCUUUACGUUCUUACACGAUGGCUCAUAUAUCGACAAUGAAGAAGUUAAUUGUUUGUUUUCAUUAAUUAGUGAACAACGUUCAAUUUAAGCGAGGUACAUUGUUUUUAUAUGAAUUUAAUUUGCAAAUGUUUUACUACCUAGGGCUGUGGCAUAUAAAUUGAGAUAUCUACAUAUCACCAUUAUCAAUGGUCGUAUGAAAAAGUUCCACAGUUCAAAGUUAUAGUAUUUCGAGGGAAACAGACAGGGGCGGACUAGGACUUAAAAUUUCAUUCGGCCCCUGCAUUGUUAGUUCAUUGAUUAAUUAAAUUCUGUGUAAAACGGCGCCGGAUCUCUACCGGUCCACCGGGAAUUUUCCCAAAACUCCCGAUGGCCAGCCCACACCUGGACAUAGGCAAUGUAGAGCGCCGUCAUUCCAGUAAGCAAUCCGGCACAACGACUGGCUCUAAAGUUUACUUUUUAAUCCAGUUUAUUCCCCACCAUCGAGAAUACGGCAUUCCAGCGUUACUGGAAUCGUUUAGACGGUUCAAUAUCCAGUGCUGGUCGAAGCAUAGUACAGUGUACACGAGUUUGCGUUCUUAAUUAAAAAUGGUGAAAAAAUUAAACAAAAAUCAAACUUCUAAGUUCGUUACUCUGUACAGAGAACAUGAAUGCUUAUGGGAUAUCGCGUCUAAAGAUUAUAAAAAUAGGGCUAUGCGUGAAUUUGCCUUGAAAAAGAUUUGCGAAGAUAUGCAAAUGGAAGGUUUUGGCGUGGAAGAUGUUAAAAAUAAAAUAAAGUCUAUUCGAUCUACUUACUACUUAGAAUUAGACAAGAUUAAAAGGUCAACCACAUCUGGUGCUAGUGGCAAUGUAUAUCAACCUAAAAUGAAAUGGUUUACAGAGUUGGACUCUUUUAUAAAAAAUGUGGUGGUCAAAAGAAAAACGCACGAUAAUAAUGACAGUACCCAGUCUGUAUCAGAAAAUAAUGUCACUGCAGCCCCUACUAUAUGUUCUGGAAUAGAAUCACCUAAAACGGAAUCAAAAAAGAAUAAAAUGCCACGACUAUCUUCAAUAGUUAGUAGCGCGAAAUUGCUGCAAGAUGACAUAUGCAGAGCAGAAGAAGAGGAUGAAUUCGAUAUCUUCGGAAAGCACGUCGCAAAACAAUUACGAAAACUUUCAACUGAACAAGGUAUCGUAGCUCAAGAAGAAAUUCAAAGCGUGAUAACGAAAUAUCGAUUAAAUGACCUGCGUUAUUUCAAUGAUUAAUAAUAAUCAGAUCAAGCUAACCUUUUAAUGAUGUACAUAUUUCGCGCCAGAUCUCUGGUACAAAUUUUUAUGUAGAGGAUUUAUAUAUCCGGAAGAAAUGACUGAGGUUUUUUAUAAUUACUUCCAGUGGUCAGGGAAGAUGAUGUGACUUUUAAUAUUAAUUUUGUUGAUCUCUUUGCGUUGUUACGUUAAAUGUUACUUGAAAUUAUGGAUAAUAAUUCUUCAAACUUUAUAUUAUAGCGAUAUCAUGUUUCAUAUAUCGUUCUAUCAGUUUCUUUUUUUUUUGUGUGUGUGAAUCCAUUAUCACUUUCAAUUUACCACUUUCAGCGGUUCAAAAAAGACCGAAACAACGUAGACAUCGAACAAUUUUCAGUUAAACCAUUGAUAUGCAAUCGCUGAAUCCAUCGACUGAAUUAGUGUAAGCCCAACUUUAGUCCAAACAUUAUAUCCCAUUUGUUUGAACGACAAUCGGUCGAUUGGUUGUCUAUGUUAUUCUAGUCCUUUUCGUGCCACUUUUCGUGAAAGUGGUAAACUGUAAUGACAAUGGAUUCACGCUGAGCCAUAAAUACCGAGCCAUCUACCGAGUCGAGACGAUUCCGGUAACGCUGGAUGUUCUCUCAUGUUCUCGAUCGACGAGGAUUUGAAAAGUAGACGUUCGAUCCAGUCGCUGAACUAGAUCGCUUGAAAUGAGAUCGAAUGAAAACUCUGUUCACAUUACUCCAGUUAAGAUCCAUCGCUGGGUUGCUAUUUGACAAUGGACUGGAAUGCUAUUUGACUAGUAUAAACCCAGUUUCAUACAAGCCCCUGCUAUGGCUGUGACAGUUAGAGCCCGUUCGGCAAACAGAAAAAAUAUCGGAGACUACCAAAUGUGCCCGGGAUACAUCCGGACCACGGAUGACGAAUGGACACAACACUGAUAACGUAUAAACUGCUACAUUUAAAACUACGGUGACCGAUUCGGGCACGGGGCGCGGCAGGGGCACAGAACGGACAUAGUUCGGUUGUGUGUAAAUGGAAUCUUAAUCUUCAUAUGUUUGUCUAUCGAUAUCCAGUAUAAAUAUUCACGCGAUUAUUGAUUAUUCAUUAUUAUCUACGCUGUUUUAAAUUAAAUACGGUACUUAUUGUUAGUCAAAUAAUUUUAAUACUUUACGCUUUCUUUACACCUGUUUGUUUACAGUAUGAAGUGUGUACAUGUUAAAAAAGUUUAAAAAAUUAAUUAAAGCUUCAAUGUAUUUGU